AUGGCGGGGGAAGCGGCGGCGGGGGAAGGCUGGCCGAACCCGGCGCAGACGCGGGGACCAAGUGACAAACUUGACAGCGGCAGAGGGCGCCGCCGGCCGCGCUGCGACGUCAGCGCCCCGCCCCCGGCCCCGCCCCGUGGCCCGCGGCCCGCGGCCGCGACCCGCGUGGCGGUGCGGCAGUGCUGCGGGGGCGCGGCUCGCUCCCUGGCCGCCGCAGACCUGCCAGAAGCAGGAGGGGGCGGGGCGACGCGGGCCCGGGGCGGGGCUCGUGGCCUCUGCAGAGGUGGGCGGGGCUCCCGCGCUGGCCCCGCCCGGGCCGGGGGCACCCGGCGCCACCCCGCCUCGCUCAGGGGUCAAGCCCUGCCCAGCCCGGGGCAGCUAGGCCGCCCGCUGCCGACUGGCCUGGGCACUCAGGUCCAGCCCCUGCGUGACAGCAGCUCUCCGGUUCCCGCGUCACCCGCGCUCUCUGGCUGCAUGGCGGGCCCAGGCACGCCCCAGUCCACCGGUCGCCUAGAGUCCUCUUUCUCUGUAGAAGCCAUCCUGGCUAAGCCCGACGCCCGCGCGCCGGUGACCUCCCCUCCGCCAGUCUCUUCCUGCGCGGCCCUGGGCCUCUGGACCGCUCCCUCUCAGUCUCCUGCCCCAGUUCUGCCCUGGGCGUGCCCAGCAACUUGGCUGCCCGCCUACCUGAGAGUGGGUGUCUACCCGCUGUGCCCACAGCCGGCUGUGCCUAGGCUGCGCAUGGCUCACUUCUGCGGCUUCCAGGGCCUCGGCGUCACAGGCUUGGAACUGGCUCACUGCCCAGGCCUCUGGGGCUCCCCGCACUGGACCCCUAGCGAGGACCUUCAGGACACUGAGAGACAUCAAAAGAGGGUUCGAACUAUGUUUAACUUGGAGCAGCUGGAAGAGUUGGAGAAAGUGUUUGCAAAACAGCACAAUCUGGUGGGGAAGAAGAGAGCCCAGCUGGCAGCCCGGCUCCACCUUACAGAGAAUCAGGUGAGGAUCUGGUUCCAGAACCGCAGGGUCAAGUAUCAGAAGCAGCAAAAGCUGAAACUGCCAGCCAUGUCUGCUAUGGCCACCUCCCUGGACGAGCCCUCCAGCAGUUCUGACAGCAGCAUCCAGAGUGAAGAUGUGGAGUCAGGAGUGGACAGCUGA